AUGGUCGCCGACGCUCUCGUCUAUCACCCAGCGCUGGCGCACUGGCUGCGCUUCGUUGCGACUACUGUCGGCCGCGAUAAGCUCCUCCGCACACUCCAAUACUUCUCUCGCUUCUACGCCUGGUACCUGUACCGCACGAAUAAGCCGCAGUCCGCGAUCGACCCCUACAACGCCGUGAAGAAGCAAUUCGGCACAACCCGCAAGAUCAUGCGUGUCGGCAAGUUCGCCGAGCACCUCAAGGCCGCCUCCGUCGCCCUCGACAAUAAGAACCCCGUCGACCCCGUCUUGCGCUAUCUCGCCGUCGGCCGCCAGCUUGGCUAUGCCGGCUACCUGACCCUGGACACCGUCACCGUCGUUGACGCCAUCGGCUACCGCAAGCUGGCGUCCGCCAAGCGCCUCCAAGAGAGUGCCUACCGUGCGUGGGCGGCCGGUCUGCUGUGCAGCGCGGUCGCUGGCGUGUACACCCUCUUCCGGCUGCGCGAGCAGGAGAAGACCGUUGACCGGAAAGAGGGCGAGGGUGUAGUCGAGGCGAAGAAGAUUGAGAAGGAGCGCGCUGCCGCCCGGAUACAGCUUCUCUCCGACCUGUGCGAUCUGACUGUCCCCGCUGCUGCCCUGGGCGUGGCCCAGCUCGACGACGGCCUCGUCGGCCUGGCCGGUACUCUGAGCAGUUUGAUUGGUGUCUGGUCGCAGUGGCGCAAGACCGCAUAG